CCAACGACCACCGUCGCGGUCGCCUCGCAAAAGGUCUGCGUGGGGAGGGGACACUGAGAACGCCGAUGCGACGAGCGAGUGCGGAUGCGACUCGCCUGAAUGCGCUUCGAACGCGCGUCCGGGACUUUCAACGCGUGGCCGCGCGUGGCUCCGAAAGCAGAAGCGACGACCGCCGCUGGGCGGCCACUGAAAAUGGGGCCACCACUUUUAUGAGCCCGGCCGCGUCCGGGACGCGGGCGACCGCCAAGCGAGGACAACGUCCCCCGAAUGCAUUUCUGCGGACCCGAAGCCGGGCGACCGCCACAGCGCUGGGGACAGCCCGGGAGCACGGCCGACCGCCCGACGAGCCAGCAGCCGCCGAUCGCCAUGCAGUUUGCCGCGUCCCUUGGAGCUAUAGGCCUGGUCUUGGUGCACUGGUUGCCGGCUGUCACUGCGUGGCCACCGUCACCCGCCGACUUCUGGGCAGCGUACCGGCGUUUCUAUCCAGCAGACGGCGGCGUCCCCUGGACGGCCCAGUCAAGCCCCACCAGCGUUGUGUUUCCCACCCAGCGUUACGCACCAGACAGGAUGGAUCCGUACAGAUUCGGCUUCACCACAGACCGCUACGGCCGAGGCUUCGGAUACAGCUGCAAGGAUGUGUUCGAGUGCCAGGCGCUCAAAGAGAAGCAGGAGCUUGCCGCCGACAGCUACCGCGCCUUCUCUCCCCAGAACUUCGCCGUGCCACCACCGCUGGCCGCAUACCGCGAGCCGCCGAUGGCCGAGAGGCGACCGUCGGGGCACCAGCGGGGCGGCGCUCCGCCUGCUCGCUUUGCGCCUGCACCGAGGCUGCCCCCAGUGCCGCCCUACUGGUGAUCGACAAUCUCUCGCUCAUUGUGGCCGAAGGGAAGGGAAUAAAGGCAGGGAGGCUGUCCCUACACCGGGGAAGGAGCGAAAAGGAAAAACGAAGGCGAUGCGAGACCAAGAUGCGCGCUCGUGUGAAUUAGCGCUUACCACGAAGUCGCAAGGUGGUAGCGCACACCACUUGCUAUGGAAUAGCCUCAGCGCUCCUGAGAUUGCUUACUACGGUCAACGUUUGAAUUGAUGGUCUCGAAAUCUUGCGUUCCGCGAAAGUUCUGUCAUCUUGCCUAAAUAGGACCACGCGGAGAGCCGUGGCAUGGCACGUAGACCCUUACGAAGUCUAGGCAGUGGUUACACGAAUUGGGAUUACUCACCAAAGAACCAAAGCUCCGUGCCGCGUCCUGUACAGACGCGACUCCUAGAAAUUUCUACAAAGAGCAGGAGUACAAAGAACGGGCAAGCGAAUUCCAAAGCACUUACCAACACAACGGCAAGAGCCGAUUGAAGGAAGUCUAGACCGGAAUACGAGGCCUCAGAAAAAAAUGUGCCCUCUAAAACUCGAACGUCUCGACGCGCUGCAGAAAGCAAGCACGGAUACCAUGAAAUCCCGACAGCAAGUGCUUGCGCCAGUUUCUUUCGCUUGAGGUAGCCCGACUUCUGCGCGUAAUUGGCAGUAAGGCCCUCCGAGAAAGUGGCGCAAGACGAUUGCCACCGUAAGUUUACGAAGUUGUUGCAUUUGUCGCUCAUCGCCGUCUGGAAAGAAGCUCCAUCGGGUGUAUGGGGCUGGUUUAAUUUCUCCUUUUGCAGAACAUGCCCCUUUGGUCAUCCGCUAAACCUAGCAGCGUGUCUGUGAGCUUACUGAUAAAAGCAGCGUCGUAAGACUAGGCUUUUCAAGUUCCGUCGUCCAUGCGAGGAGCACGUUCGCGCAUCAGUUCACCCUAAAUAUGAGCUAUCGCUUCGUUCCCGACCAGUCUGCGUUGUGACGAAUCUGGGCCGUAGACUAGCGUAUGCACGGGCUUAAGAAGGGUGGUGUUAAGUAUACGCCACACAAUGCAAUCGUUACUUAAGUUUGAAAAGCAUAUACCAAAGCGGAACACUAUAAUCUCCGGCGAAAUCAGAGAAGCAUAGGAAAUCGCAGUGUACACGUAUACAGGCAGGCUUUGUGCCGGCGUUUCCGCAGUAUUAUAAUGCAGCCCCCGAUUUCAAUGUUUCCGUAGCGCAAUAAUUAGUGGAAGUUGAGUCGUUGUUUUUUUUUCUUUUUAAUAAAGCGCCGCUCUGACUGUUGUC